AUGGAUGAAUUCCUCGCCACCGCAGAGAAAAAGGUGCUUGUGGAGAUAGUGAAGUUGGCCCAGAAGCGAGGAAUGAAGGGUUUUGAAGGAUAUCAUCCUACAGUUGAGGUUCCAGAGGAUUCCACCCAGACCCAAGUACUACCUUUAUCGUCUCCUUCAUCCUCCGGUUUGAAACUUGAUCAGGAAAUAGUUCCAACAAACUCUACCAUCAAUGUACUAGUACCUUCAUCAUCUUCUUCCGCCUUUAAUUUGGAAAAGCUUCUUCCAGAGCCUUCAUCAUCUAGGUCAUCUACGUCUUGGACUUAUGAUGUCUUCCUCAGUUUCAGGGGUGAGGACACCCGCAAUAAUUUUACAGAUCAUUUAUACAAUGCUCUGUGCCGGAGAGGUAUUGAUACAUUUAGGGAUACGGAAGAACUUCAGAUGGGAAAUUCCAUUGCACCAGAACUUCGGAAAGCAAUUAAAGGAUCACAGUUUGCAAUCAUCAUUCUUUCCCCCAUGUACGCUACUUCAUCAUGGUGUCUAGAUGAACUUGCAUAUAUUCUUGAAUGCAAGAAAGUGACAGGCCUUCCGGUUUUUUAUCAUGUCAAACCAUCUGAGGUAAGAAAGCAAACCGGAAAUUUUGGCAGGGCUUUUACUAAGCAUGAAAAGAUAUUCAUUGACAAUAUAUGCAAGGUGGAAAAGUGGAGGCAAGCUUUAAAGGAAAUAGCCGAUGUCUCUGGGUGA